AUGGCGGGCAGAGGCGACUCCUUUAGCCCGGCACCGGCUGACGGCUCAUACGGUGAAGAAUGGGCUCACGAUUUACGCAUUCGAUUCGAAAGUCUCCUCCGCGACAAGCGCAUGAAUGAUUUGCGCUCCAAUUCUCGACAGCCGACCCCCAGCGCCUUCGAGCGAGCCUCCAGCGUCGGCCUCCAAGGGCCUUCCACACCCAUCAACGACCGUCCAAUGACUUCUCACGCACCCGUUACGCCGCCCUCGUACUCCUCCAUCAGGCAUUUGCCCAUCAUCCCCUCAGCACCGACCGCUGGUGACCGCGAGAGCCAAAAAUUCCGCAACCUCCUCAUCAGUCUAUCGUUGACCCCUACAAAAUACGAAAACCCCGGUCUCCUCGACGAGGCACUUCAAAUUAUACCCCUCGAUCGCAUCUACGGUGAGGCUGAAGAAGAAACCCAGGUUCUCCAAGCUGAGGCCGAAAGUAUGGGCGAUGGCCGCAAACCCGAAUGGGGCUACCAGGACUGCGUCAUCCGCGCUCUUCUCCGAUGGUACAAGCGCUCCUUCUUCACCUGGGUCAACAACCCUCCCUGCCCUGUCUGUCUUUCUCCCACCAUUGCUCAGGGCAUGACUGCGCCCACGCCCGAGGAGAGUGCUUGCGGCGCUCUUCGAGUCGAACUCUACCGAUGCUCUGCCCAGAAUUGCGGCGCCUACGAACGAUUCCCACGAUACGGUGAUGUCUGGCGACUGCUCCAGACACGACGCGGGCGUGUCGGCGAAUGGGCGAACUGCUUCAGCAUGCUGUGCCGCGCCGUCGGUGGCCGCGUUCGCUGGGUCUGGAAUGCCGAAGACCAUGUCUGGACCGAAGUGUAUUCAGAGCAUCAGCGCAGAUGGGUGCACGUCGAUGCCUGCGAAGAGGCCUGGGAUAACCCGCGUCUCUAUGCUGAAGGCUGGGGUAAGAAGAUGUCAUACUGUGUCGCCUUCUCAAUUGACGGUGCCACGGAUGUCACGAGAAGAUAUGUUCGCAAGAACGAAAACGCCAGUGAGCGUAAUCGAUGUCCCGAAGAGGUCAUGCUCUACAUUAUGCAAGAAAUUAAGACAAUCCGCCGGCAGAACAUGAACAAGGAUCAGCGUUUCCGUCUUGAAAAGGAAGAUCAGAUGGAAAGCGAGGAGCUACGCGGAUUCGUCGUCGCCUCCAUUGCCCAAGCCGUCACUGACCUUGUCCCUGGCUCCAGCUCCUCUGCUGUCAGAGCCCAUGGUACCCACAGUCAAGACACAAAGCUGCCUGCAGAGCAGCCCAGUCACCAGUCUGGUCCAUCUGACUGGGUUAUGACUCAACCCGACGGUGGCCCGCGUUACCAACCACGCGAUCCUAGCCAUCGACGUCGUUUGCCAUGA